AUGAACACAUGUGAGGCUACCUAUCAAGAGAAAGCUAAUAAAGACAAUGAUCUUGAGCGUCCUUUUGCCAACUUUCCUCCUUCUAUAUGGGGUGAUCGUUUUCUAUCUUUCACUCUUGAUAACACGAGAUUGGAAGCGUAUGCAAAAGCCAUGAAGGAACCAAAGGAAGAGCUCAAAAAGUUGAUAGCUGAACCAAGCAUGGCUUCAAAUUCAAAACUAAGUUUAAUUAACUCUUUGUACCGCCUUGGUUUUAACUAUCUUUUUUCUGAAGAGAUUAAUAGUGAACUUGACAAACUUUUCAAGAAGUUUAACUUGGAAGAUUGUCAUGAAGCGGAUCUUUAUACCAUUUCGCUUAACUUCCUUGUUUUUCGACAACAUGGGUAUAAGUUAUCUUGUGAUGUGUUUAACAAGUUCAAAGAUUUUAGCUCUGGAAAAUUCAAGGAGUCUAUUAUUGUAAAUGACGUCAAGGGCAUGUUAAGCUUUUAUGAAUCAACCCAUCUAAGAGUACACGGAGAAUCUAUUUUAGAUGAGGCCUUGACAUUCACCGAAUCGAGACUAAAGGGUAUAGUAGACACCCUUGAAGGUAAUUUGCAACGACAAGUGAAACAUGCAUUGGCCUUCCCUUCUCAUCUUGGAUUGCCGAUAGUUGAAGCAAGGUUAUAUUUUUCAAACUAUCAAGAAGAAUGCUCAACUUAUGCUCCUCUACUGAAGCUUGCAAAUGCGCACUUUAACUACUUUCAGCUAUUGCAGAAGGAAGAACUUCAAAUUCUCACAAAGUGGUAUAAGGACAUGAAGUUCCAGACGAUAACCCCAUAUACAAGGGAUAAACUUCCAGAGUUGUAUUUAUGGAUUUUAGCAGUAUACUUGGAGCCUCAUUACUCUGAAGCCAGACUAAUUACAUCAAAAAUUGCUCAAUUUGUGUUGGUGUUAGAUGACACAUUUGAUGCAUAUGGUACUAUUGAGGAGCUUCGACUUCUAACAGAUGCGAUAUGCAAGUGGGACAUGAGUGCAAUGGAGCAAGUUCCAGAGUACAUUAAACCAUUUUACCAAAUUCUUCUUAAUGAGUAUGCUGAAUUUGAGAAACAGCUAAAAAAAGAAGGAAGAGCUAAUGUGGUUAAUGCUUCAAAACGAGCAUUUCAACAACUAGCCAAAGGCUACCUUACAGAGGCUGAGUGGAGACAUAGUAAAAAAGUGCCAACAUUUGAAGAAUAUUUGGAGAAUGGAUUGAUUACUUCAUCCUACAACGUUCUUGGAAUAUCUGCUUUAAUAGGCAUGGGUGAAAUAGUUAGUGAAGAGGCUUUGGCUUGGUAUGAAAGUCAUCCUAAAUUUCUCCAAGCUUCAGAGUUAAUUGCUAGACUUCAUAACGAUGUUGUUAGUUUUAAGUUUGAACGUGAAAGAUCACAACCAGCUACAGGGGUGGAGUCUUAUAUCAAGACUUUUGAAGUGACAGAAGAUAAAGCAAUUAACCAACUUAAAAAAUUGAUUGAAAAUGCAUGGAAAGACUUGAAUGAAGGAUGUCUCAUGCCAAGGGUUGUUUCAAUGAAGAUGCUUUCUACAACUAUUAAUCUUGCUCGAGUAAUAUAUGUGGCAUACAGAUUCAAUGACGGGUUUACCUUUUCUGACAAAACGUUGAAAGAUCAUAUUACUCUCUUAUUUGAGGAUUCAGUUCCCAUAUAA